ACUGUGCUUACUCGGGUUAUCAUUCCUGCCACUCCUUUCAAUCUAACACGACACUUGAUCAAUAUUUCAUUCCAUUUUUUUUUUGGAUUUCAUUCUUUUAUUCACCAGUUCUCCAACGCGUACAAUGUAUCGCCUUCUCUUCUUAGUCGUGGCCCUCUGCCUAUACGCGCGCCUGACGGUCGCCGCUUCGACCUCGGGUGAAAUUGCCAACUCUCUCAAUGAACUAGCACAGCGAGGAUUCGCCACCAAGAAUCUUGUAUUGGAAAUCAACUCUACUGCGGACGCGGGUCCAGUCUGGGCUAUCUAUACCGAGAUGGACACAAUGGUCGCUGUUGUUUUAACAGAUGUAAAAUUUAUGACAAACACGGCGAUCAUUACCGACCAGGCGGAGGAGCAGAAUGUCUAUGAGGGAUACUCAAAUUUCGUACAAUCCCUUCUCGAGCUCAUGGACGCCUUUUCGAGCUGCGCAGCGCAGCUGAAAUCCAUCGACCAAAAUACCAAGACCAAAGUUCCCUCAGAAAUUCGCAUCUUGCAAAGCGCCGUCGACGCCUACUUCUAUAAUAUUAUAGGCCUCUUCCCAGCCAACAGCUCGUAUAACUCCCAGGCGAAUAUCCAAAAAGCCCAGGUAGAUACACAUUGCUUUCAGGCUGUGUGGGCAUUUGAUCUCGAUUAUAAUAAUGGUAAUCAAGCUACUUAUCAGAGAGGUGAUAAUAACUCCCUUCGUUUUCGAAGGAUGAAGCGCGGUUCCUGAUGAUCUUAAAUUUUAUCUACCUUUGUCUAUCACUUGAUUGAAUAGUGGAGUGUGAUGAGGACUCUCCUAGAGUCUUUCGCUCUUGUCCUUUGAAUCGUGGGAACGCUAGCUACUGCCUACUUAUUAGCUUUUUGGCUUGCUAAUCUUCUAUUCCUUUUUCUUCUUCUUCUUCUUCUUCUUCUUCUUCUUCUUCUUCUUCUUCUUCUUCUCUAAUAUAAAUAGCUUUCUC